AUGUUCCGCCGACGUUCGGGCACCUUCCCCCAUUCCUACCCCGUCGAGAUUAUACUGGCCAUUGUCAGAUAUCUUCCCUCCCGAGAUGAUAUUGCCAGCCUCUCCUCCGUCUCACACUACCUCCGCGCCGUUCUCAGCCCUCUAGCAUUCCGUUGCAAGCUCACGUACCAGCUCUGCAGUCUCCAGCUCGGACCGAUUAUACACGGGACGCAGGACAGCCUGCACGAAUGGUGUAUCUGCAUGUGUCCUCCAGCCAUCAGGCCCCAUGUGACCGACAUAGUCCUAAGCCUUAACCACCCUUAUCGCACACGUUUCCCCUACGACUCCUCCAUACAUGCGAACAGCUUUGAGGGGAUACGCUCACUGAGCCUCCUCUUCAUCCGCGAGCACGGCGAUUUCAGAGGCACCGACCGCAACCUGGCCCGUCGGGAGCUCUUCGACCGGGCCAUGUCCUGGGUGGGCAAGAGCUGCAGGGAGUCCCUCUCACCCGACUCCCUGACCAUUGACGGGAUCGACCUCGUGCACGCGUCCUUGAAGCUCGUUGCCAUCGAGGCGUCCCAGCGACAAUCAUGCGACGAUGCCACCGCCCGCCUCCGCCAGUUCUUGGAGACCUGGGUGCUCCCUGCCACGUCCGUGGAGAAGCUGCAGAUCUUGUCAGAGUUCUACAUGCGGCCCAAUCUCCGCUACACCCCCCGGGGAGGUGUGCACUUCAAGCACCUCCGCGAGCUCUCUUUGUCGAAAAUCAUGUUCUCGCCAACCAUUGGCCCGGACUUUAUCGAGGAGCUGAUACUAUCCGAUGACGUUUCGGCCACGCUCGAGAAGCUGACACUGACACGGUGCCCCAUCUGCCAUUCCAUCUUCUCGGGCGGGGAAAGAACGUGGGCCUUUAUCCUCACGCGUUUCGCAACAAGAUUGAAGCGGUUGAAGAUGUUCCGGGUGGAGAAGAAGCUUGGGUAUAAGAUGUUGUUUGGUGGGCAUAGGUUCGGCUUUCUCCAUAAGCACGCCGAGCGGUGGAUUAUGAGUACUAAUGAGGUGUAUCUGGCGGAUGCGGAGGCGCUUCUGCAGUUGUGGAAGAAGAUUGGACAAACCCCGAGGUUUACCGAUCAAAGGAGAUUGAUGCAUUUCUUUGACUAA